CUCAACUUGUUGUAUCUUUUCAAAUCACAUUGGAUUCUCUUUUCCAUUAUUUGUGUCCUUUCAUAGCACACUAUAUGACAUUGGAUUCUCUUUUCCACCAUGUGUAAUCUUCCAUACCACAUUGGAUGCUAUUCUCCACUUGGUCCAAACAUAUUAAUUUGGAUGUAUCCUCCACUUGGUGUGAACAUCAAAGAACUAUAUUACUAUAAAUACAUGGCCUCACUUGACAUUGGAAUCACACACCUCAUCUUUACUUCUCCCAUUUUCAACAAGGCCAAAAACAUCAUGAGUUCUUUUCCCGCAUUUUACAAAUCCAUUAAUGAAGAUGAAGAUGAAGAUGAAGAUGAAGAAGCUUAUUCCGACCGCAUGCGCAUGGCUUUGAUGGCUUCUUUGGUUGCAACAAGCUCCAAUAGUAGUCGUGAUUACAUAGACGACCGUGGUCGGGAAGCUGGACACCGUUUGUUGAUGGAUGAUUACUGGAAUCCAAAUCCCACCUACAAUAUCCCACCUACAUAGUUAUAUGUAUAUUUUGAUUAUAACUAAUAUAACUAAUAUACACUAAUAUAUACGUAGUAAAUAAUAUACACUACUAGAAAACUGGCUUAUAAUGACACUUUUUUAGUGACACUUUCUUAAAAUUAGUGUCACUGACCAAAAUUAAACAUAAAAGUGUCGGUAACUCAUGACACUCUAGUAUCAAGGAAGAUAGUGAUACAAGAGCCGAUUUUUUUUAAUUUACUCCACAAUUUUCACUCUCCUUUUUUCUCUCCACAAUAUGAGCCCCACCACACAACAAUAGACUUUUUCCCUUAAACUUUUUAUUUUGUUGGUCUAAGCCCAUGCACAUACCUAGCCGGCCUUCUCCUUCAUCUCCGACUCAGACAAUGAAGCGUAAAACCCUAGCCUGCGACUUACGAGUGCAGCUCCUCUCCAGUACAUACGGUACUGGAUGAUUCCAGUAGAUUAAAUAGGGAGCUGCCACAUGACUACUUACUAAAUCAAAGGUCCAGAUCUCAUUCUUAUCCUUUUAAUUGGUUUAUGCCCUGAAGUCUUUUACUUCUUCGAAGUAUUUAUUGGGCCCAUUUUUCUUCUUCUAAUUUUUAACAUUUCCAGUCUCACUAGAGUCAUCUCUAUCUACCCUUGACUUACCCAUUCGAUUUUCUUCUCUUUUCCAUCUGCUAUCAUCUUUACUGCAAAUAAUUCAUGAAAUAGAUUAAGAAACAAACAUCAAAGUCACAACCAGCACUUUAAUGUCUAAUUUUUUAAAAAAUUGUAGUUUGAAUAAUCAUCAAAAGUCUCAAGCUGAUAUCUAUAACGUAAAUUAACGAAUAAACAAAAAGCUUCAACCUUCAAUUAAAUAUAAGCUGCAAACUGCUAUCCAUCAUGUAUUGUUACAGAAAAAAUUAGCUAAAAUUAAAUUGAACUACUUCCAUCCCCAAAAUCAUCAACAAAUCAGCUCUUUUAUUGUUGACAAACAUAUAGAUUAUGUUUUCUUGAUGUAGAGCUGAAAGCAUUCUUUCUCCAUCCUCCCUAGCGAAGAAUCAAGAAAAAAAUUCAAAGAGCAGAGGCAGUAAAGAAUAAGCCAGGAUUAGUCAUGCGGGUUUUUUUCCGGAGAUGGUUUGAUCAGAUAAGAGUACUGGAGAGGAGCCGGACUCGCGACUUAGACAAUGAAGCGUAAAACACCAUCUAGCUAGCCGGCCUACUCCUUCAUCCACGUUUGAACUGAUACACAAACACGGCCCCUGCGUUUUUCUUCUCUGCUACGUGGUUCUCUGCGUUUGUCUUCUCUUCUCGCUACAAACACGAGAUAAUCUUCCUCUUCAUCGACGCGAAACACGAGAAGAGUUAAUUUCUUUUAAACGAAUUGAAUCUGGGGUUUGAGAAGCGACGGUGCGUGAGCAAGCCUAGCUUUUGCGGCGCUUUUCUUGAGCUCGUGCAAUCGAAUUGCUUUGGCUGGAUCAGUCAAUUAGUUUUUGAAGAGGUAGUAGGGUUGUCGAGUUGUCAAGGGUUAUCAAAUUUGGAGUCAUUUAACUCUAUUUAGACUCCACACAGAGCCGCCUCUAAAGAAAUUGCUGGUGAGUUCGCCCAGACAGCCAGAAUCCCGAUCAACCUCCUCAAGUAAAGAAAUCUCAGGUGCAAGGCUUCUGAUUGACUUCCUCAAGUUAUCAGGCCUUAUGUGUCCAGCAACUAUGAAUUUUCUUUGCACUUCAUCACAACUUAUUUGGUCUUGCCUUUUCUUACAAGGGACUAAUCUGAUCAGACGCUUUUUAGGGAUUGUCAAACAUGAAUCAAUAGGAACUGCACUUCUACUUUCACUACCUACCCUGACUCCUGGGCUGAUAGAAUUAUUACGGAGUACUAUUAUUCGUAGUAUACCUGAAGAGGUUGAAUAAGAUGUCCCAUGUGCAAUUUCUUGGUGUAAAUGCCCAAUUGAGCACACAAAAUAGAGAGGUGGUUUCUUGGUUUUCUGGGUCAUAAUAAUCUUGAUAAGUGCUUCUUGCAUUAUUCGAGUUUAGUUUUUCCUAUAUUUGUUGCUUUGAAUCAAUAUUGUUAUGCAUGUGUAUUUGGGCCAAGUGUAGGAGUAAUGGCAGAGGGGUAUGAAGAUGAAGAGGUAUUUGGAGAGAGCCAAGGGAAAAGCAUGGUGCUGCAGUUAGAGCUAUUGAUUGGAGAGAGCCUAAGGGAAAAAAGUUGGCCCAAGCCCCAAAGAGUGGGUGGAAUCACAUUUCUCAAAUUAGUUUAUUAUAGAAUUAGUUGAGUUUAUGUUGGAAUGUGUAUGACAUUUGAAUUGUAAAUGACAAUUCUUUUUAUUUUCAAUAAAGCGCCUUUUAAUUUUCAUACACUGUAAUUUUUAUUUUUCAAGUCGUAAUCUUAUAUUUCGU